ACUCGUGAGGAUCCCACAAUGAGAUUAUUUAUGCUAAUCAAGUAGAUGUCACUUCCGCCCCUUUUAUUUGCGCCAUUUUGGAUAGGGCAGUUUCUAGGCUGGAUGUGUAUUGUCUGUCAGAGAACAGAAUGGGCAAAGCGUUAUCGGCUGCCAGGCAAGCAUAAACAGACUUAAGGCAAUUUAUUUGAAAGAGCGGGUACGCCGGUAGUUGUUCCCAACAACAGGACAUGUGUCCGCCCUCACCACUCCGCGGGAUGGAGGUUUUAAUUGUCUAAUGACGCUCGGAGGCUUUCUGUUCCCGUUUGCCGACCAGAGGGAAGAAGAUAGCCCUUGUCGGCGAGGGAGAGUCGGUUUUGGAAGGUAGACCGACCGACGGACGGACUGGUGGCUGGUUCUCCCCCACGAAGCUAGUUGUCACCUGAAAGGAUAUUACCGAGCUAUCUGGGGGGGAAAAGUUAAAGUGUCUAUACAUCUCCUCAGUCAUCCUGAGGUGACACAUUCACUCAGACGGGAGCACUGGAUGUGAAAGCAGGUGGGCAGAAUGUUCCAGCUCCCUGUCAAUAACCUGGGCAGUCUGCGGAAAGCGAGGAAAAAUGUCAAGAAGGUCCUGGGAGACAUCGGCUUGGAGUUCUGUAGAGAUCACCUAGAGGACUAUAAAGACUUUACUCCUCCAGAGGUGUAUAUAAAGCACACUACCUGGGAAGAUGUGUGCAUGUGGGAACCGUCACAUACCAAAGUCCAGGACUACAGAUCAAAGCCUUUCUGCUGCUCCGGCUGCCUCUUUUCAUCCAAGUACUUCUCUGCAUACAAGAGCCACUUCCGCAAUGUCCACAGCGAGGACUUUGAGAACAACAUUCUGCUCAACUGCCCCUACUGCACUUACAAUGGUAACAAAAAGACUCUGGAAACGCACAUCAAACUUUUCCACAUGCCUAACAACACUGUGCGGCAGGGCCCUGGUGGAAUGGCGGUGGGAGUUGGUGGGAUCAUGAUGAAGGACGGGGUGCUGAAGAGGACCGGGGACAGUGUGGAACAGGCGGUUUACUACUGCAAGAAGUGCACCUACAGAGACCCUUUGUACAAUGUAGUGCGAAAGCACAUCUACCGGGAACACUUCCAGCAAGUGGCCCAGCCAUAUAUUGUGAAACCAGGAGAGAAGACAAAUUCUCAGAAUGGUGGCACAGCAGGAGCCACAGCGAAUACAGAAAGUACUAACACAAACAAUGUUAACAGUAACCAGAUUCACUGCAAGAAGUGUCUGUUUGUUCCAAGGACCUACGAGGCACUUGUUCAACACGUCAUUGAGGACCAUGAGAGGAUUGGCUACCAGGUGACUGCCAUGAUUGGGCACACCAGUGUGAUAGUCCCCCGUCCCAAACCCAUCAUCAUGAUCCCCCCCAAAACCCAAGGAGACAAGACCAUCAUUGGGAUGGGCCCUAAAGGUGCAGUAAUGGCCACUACCAGGUCUCCUGGCUCACACCAGCUGGGUCGAGUUGUCAUCGCAUCAAAGACAGGCUUCAACUCAAAUCUUCUAUCUGGGAUGAAACAUGAUGCAGUAAGAUUAAAGGCCGGUACCACCCAGUCGUUCUCCAUCGGCAGCCAGCAGGUGAGGGUUACUUUACCAGGGAAUGCCCAGGUUUCUGUGCCCCAGCAGUCUCAUGCAGCAAAGCAGCUUAUUUCUGGUGGCAGCCUGCGGAGUCCAGUUGUGGUCAGUGCCUCUUCCUCACUCAAAUCCAACCCUCUGGGUUCACGUGUCCAGGCGGCAGCUACUACUGUAGCCUCUGUCACGGCCAAGAAAAGUGGUUCCUCAGUCCUCGGCACAUCCUACACACAGAAGUGGAAAAUCUGCACUAUCUGCAAUGAGCUCUUCCCAGAGAAUGUGUACAGUUCUCAUUUUGAGAAAGAGCACAAAGCGGAAAAGGUGCCUGCUGUAGCCAACUACAUCAUGAAGAUCCACAACUUCACCAGCAAGUGUCUCUACUGCAACCGCUAUCUCCCCAGUGACACACUGUUAAACCACAUGUUGAUCCAUGGUCUGUCUUGCCCACACUGCCGUGCAACCUUCAAUGACGUUGAGAAGAUGGUGGCCCACAUGCGGCUGUCGCAUCCAGAUGAGAGCGUUGGCCCUCGCACAGAUUCUCCCUUGACCUUUGACCUCACUCUGCAGCAGGGCAAUCCCAAGAAUGUUCAACUGAUUGUUACUACCUACAACAUGAGAGACGCCCCAGAGGAGUCGGUGGCGUUUCACGCUCAAAACAACAACACCGCUGUGUCAUCAGCCUUGUCUGCCUCCUUAAUAUCAGGCAAGAGGUUAAUGCCUCAGCACCCACCCAAAACACCUUCCGGGGCCGCUGACAGUGCACCAACCAAGAGUGCCCCACAGGCAUCUGUGCCCUACAAGAGGGAUGUGGGCAAGACACUGUGUCCUCUUUGCUUCUCUAUCCUCAAGGGCCCAAUCUCAGACUCAUUGGCUCACCACCUGAGAGAGAGGCACCAGGUGAUUCAGACAGUCCACCCUGUAGAAAAGAAACUGACCUACAAGUGUAUUCACUGCUUGGGGGUUUAUACUAGUAACAUGACUGCCUCCACCAUCACUCUACACUUGGUGCACUGUCGAGGUGUAGGGAAAUCCCAGAAUGGACAAGACAGCCGGGCAGCUCAUUCUUCUCGGGUCAGCCAGGCCCAGAGCAGCGUUCUCAAACGGGCCAGCUUUGAUAGCUCUGACACUAGUGCACCGAAACGGAGGAGGCCGGGACCCCCUGGGGAAAGGGCCCACCCACAGGAUAGCAACGGUCCAUCUACAUUUGUAGAAAAUCCCGAUGAACCUGUAGUUCUGGCUCUUGACCCCAAAGGACACGAAAACGAGUCGUAUGAAUCCAGGAAGUCAUUUCUAACGCAGUAUUUCAGUCGAGUGCCAUAUCCCACACGACGGGAGGUGGAGAAACUGGCAGCCAGUCUGUGGUUGUGGAAGUCGGACAUCUCCAGCCACUUUGUCAACAGAAGGAGGAAAUGCGUACAGGAAUGCGAAACCCAGAAUGCCAGCGUGUUGCUCGGGUUCAGUAUGCAUGAGCUCAGCAAAGUGAGUCACGAGCUGGCGUUCGUCCAGGAUGGCGUGUACGAGGGCAGGCAUAGCAAAAGGCGGACAUCUAGGAUGCAUAUGGGGGUGUCAGAGCAGGCUCUCCGGAGACACAAGGAGCUUGUAGCUGCUAAUGGCGGUGUAGCCCUGCCACGAAAGGGAAAGCCAACUGAGACUGUGGAAGGUACUAAAGCAACACCGUCUGCCCCGAAACCCAACAAUGCCAGCAGAGACCAAACCAAGACAAUCAACAGCACCAUACCACAGAAAAUGCCUCUAGACCUUUCCGAGCCCAUUGCCAUUGACUCUGACAGUGAUGAGGAAGAGCAGCAGAGGGAUAACCAGGAACGAGAGGGCGAGGUACGUCUCUAUGGUGACAAACAGCUUACUGGAGCUAAGGAGAGAAUGGAGCCAAGGACAGGGGCCAAGAUUGUUCCAGAUCUAGAUGAUAUGUCAGAUGACGACGACGAUGAUGACGAGGACGACGAAGAUGACGAGGACGAUGAGGACGAAGGGGAGCAUGUAGAGAAUGGCUUCGGGCCCACAGAGGGCUCAGGAAGACAGGCUGCUAAAGGAAGAGACACUCUACCCAUCAUUAUUCCCAAGUUUGUACCAUCAUCUGCAAGAAGCGGGAGAGACGGGGCCCAGCUGGGCAAACAGCAGGUCUGACUGAUAAAAUCAAAAAGACUCACGCAGUCAGAGAGACACUUUAGAUUUGAUCCACGCCAACAAAUCUGCCUCGCCUGAACUGAAGGACACUGCCCAGUUUCAUUGGGUAUCUGUGAAGGAGUGUGAUAAGUAGAGAACUCUACUUGUGUGAAAACUCAAAACAAGCCAUCCAGUGACAUUUAAAGGCAGUACUCAACGAGCAGCUAGGAUUGAUGUAAAGAUUUGUAAACAAAGACAACAGUGAAGUUACACCAAACGAAUAGAAAAAGUUUUUUGCCUUCUAUAUACUUUAUUACAUUGAGAUAAGGAGUUAUUAACGUUGAUUUAGCCACUGAACUUGUAAGUGUGGCUUAAAAUAUUGAGUUGUUGUGAGGUAAAGCUUUUAAGCUGACCAGAUAAUCCAUCAUUUUUCAUGUAGUUGAGAUGGGUAGUGUAAAUUUGUACAGUCUUUUAGACAUGUUUGGACAGAUGUUGCCGUACAUGUACCCUUAAAUAUUUGCUAUUACCUGUGUGUAAGGUAGCCUCAUAUGUUCUACAUUGGUAUGCUUAACGAUAGGUGUCGCUUUGGUGGCUGGUAUUUUCUCGUAUGUUUAAGUUUAUUUUUUAACAAAAACCUAGUUUUUUUGCAAAAUAAUAUAUCUAUAUAUAAAUGAAAUAACAGAAUUGAUUUUGUUUUUUGCUUUUACCCUGAUUAGAUUUUAUUUUUUUAAUUUGAUCCCUUUUUUUUUUAUGACUUCUGUUCUGAAAGAAUAGUGGCGCCGAGUUAUUCUUAUUCUCUUACAGUAUAAAGGGGCAUUUCAUCAUCUUUUUGCAGCCUUAUGCUCAUUAGCCUUCACUGUACUGUACUUGCUUUCUAUUUUCACUAUUUUAACUUGAUGUUUCUUUUCCCCACAAGACUGGACAGUAACCACCAUACUGACAUCCGCAAAAGUGAAGGCUUUUUUUUUCCUUUUCUCUUUUGUUCAAAAGUGUUAAAUAUGUGUUCCUUGAAUUGUGCGUAUUUGUUUUAUGUUUUCAUUUUUCACUUAAGCAUUUAUGAACAAUAAAGUGCUGUAAUUGUGCUUCUCACGGAA